AGGGAGUCAGCCCUAGAACGUCGCAGUCAUGGUGCGGUGCGGUAGCGUGUGGUUCAGAAAGGAGCUUUAGUGGCAGCAAAGGACUAGAAAGGAGUUCUAAGUUGGUAAGCACGUUUGGUAUCUUAAUGCUCUCUCUCUGUCUUUAAAGUAUGGAAACUUCAUUGAUAACCUAAGACUCUUCACCAGGGGAGGAAGUGGUGGAAUGGGUUACCCUCGUUUAGGUGGAGAAGGUGGAAAAGGUGGUGACGUCUGGGUUGUAGCCCAUAAGAAAAUGACUUUAAAACAACUUAAAGACAAAUAUCCUCAGAAACGGUUUGUGGCUGGAGAAGGAGCAAAUAGUCGUGUUAAUGCACUGAAAGGCUCCAGAGGAAAAGACUAUGAAAUUCCUGUACCUGUGGGUAUUUCAGUAACUGAUGAAAAUGGUAAAAUUAUAGGAGAACUCAAUAAAGAGAAGGACAGAAUUUUGGUAGCUGAAGGAGGUCUUGGUGGUAAAUUACUUACAAAUUUCUUACCAUUGAAAGGCCAGAAACGAGUCAUUCACCUUGAUCUAAAACUUAUAGCUGAUAUAGGCCUAGUAGGAUUCCCAAAUGCAGGAAAAUCCUCUUUGCUAAGUCAGGUUUCUCAUGCAAAACCUGCAAUCGCAGAUUAUGCAUUUACAACAUUACAGCCUGAACUUGGAAAGAUCGUGUAUAAUGAUUUCAGACAGAUAUCAGUAGCUGAUCUUCCUGGUUUAAUAGAAGGAGCACAUAUGAACAAAGGAAUGGGCCACAAAUUCCUCAAGCAUAUAGAAAGAACUAGACAACUACUUUUUGUUGUCGAUAUUUCUGGAUUUCAGCUUUCUUCCCAAACUCAAUACAGAACUGCCUUUGAAACCAUAAUACUUCUUACAAAAGAGUUGGAGUUGUACAAAGAGGAACUUCAGACAAAACCUGUACUCCUGGCAGUUAAUAAAAUGGACUUGCCAGGUGCCCAAGAUAUGUUCCAUGUACUGAUGAAUCAACUCCAGAAUCCUAAAGAUUUUUUGCAUUUAUUUAAGAAAAACAUGAUUCCAGAGAGGACUGUGGAGUUCCAACACAUCAUCCCCAUCUCUGCAAUUACGGGAGAAGGAAUUGAAGAAUUAAAGAACUAUAUAAGAAAAUCUCUGGAUGAACAUGCCAACCAGGAAAAUGGUGCAUAUCAUAAGAAACAGUUGCUUAAUUUACAGACUUCUAAUACAAUAUCUUAUAAUGAGCCACCACCAAAGAAUGGUGUUACUAGUCCCAGAUAGAUGUAAUUUAAAUCUAUUAAAAAUGAUAUCAAGGGGCCCCUGUGUGGCUCAUUCGGUUAAGUGUCUGACUCUUGGUUUAGGCUCAGAUCAUGAUCUCGCGGUUCGUGAGAUUGAGCUCUGUGUCAGGUUCUGCACUGACAGCAUGGAGCCUACUUGGGAUUCUCUCUCUCAUUCUCUCUGUUCCUCCCUUGCUCACACGCACGCAUGCACACGCACACACACUCUCUCAAAAAAAUAAAUAAGUAAAAUAAAUAAAUAAGAUAUAGAAAUUGUGUUCAUUUCAAAGACCUGUUUUUUUAAGUUAGUUAUUAUUAACCUUCUGAUAUAUAUGCCAUCAUUCAAGAACCAUACUUUCUUGUUUUGUAGUUAAGUGCAUUGAUAGUAAAAAAAGUAACUUAAAGCUAAAAAUGACAAUUUGUAAUUUUAUGGCCAAUUCACCUAAAACAAAAUCCUGAUAUUCCUGUAUUAUGAUGUCUCUAGUGAGGUCAUUUAUAUAUAUAUAUAUAUAUAUAUAUAUAUAGAGAGAGAGAGAGAGAGAGAGAGAGAGAGAGAGAGAGAGAGAAAUUGUUUUAUCCUAGGAUAUUAUUAGAAUGAGCAACUAGGUUUUGUUUUUGAGUCUGUCUUGUACCUGAUUCUACUAAAUAUGUGAUAGUUCGUUUAAUUGGAAUACCUCAGAACCCUAAAUUUCAACUUAUGUUCAGUUGUAGUGAAGAUCACUGAUAAUGUUUAACAGAAACUAGCAGGUAGAUGUUUGUAAUUUCACCCUUUAGACACUUUUGUUUCUUAAGUGUAAGUAUUUUUUCCUGCUUUGGAUCAGACUGGUGUAUCUCAUUUUGUUGUGCCCAUAUCUGUUUUGUUGUCUAUUCUCAUAUUUUAGUAAAGAGAAGUAAUAAGAAGUGUAAACUUUAAACAGUAUUAUCAAUCAUCAAUAUAUUCUAAAGAGAUUAAAAUUUCUAAAUUUCUGUUGUAGUUUCAAAAAUUCAAAUUGGAUAUUUUUUCUUAAUUAGUUUCAUUAUAAUAUAUAUGUUCAUUGUAAAAAAAAUUUGAACAGUGCAAAGCAUAUAUAUCUUAAUUAGUUUUAUUAUAUAUAUAUAUAUAUAUAUAUAUAUAUAUAUAUAUUCAUUGUAAAAAAAAAACAAAAUUUAAACAGUGCAAAGCAUAUAAAGGGAAAAAGAAAAGUUCCCAUCUUUCUGUGUACGGCCAUCCGGUCCUUCCCAGAGAAAACCACUGUUAAUAGUUUCUUAUAUUCUGGCAGAAUUUUUUAUUCAUUUAUCUUUUUACCCAAAUGAGUUAAUUAUGUAAACCUAAGGUUUUUUUUUAAAUAGUAGCAAGUUAAUUAGCUUUUUUUAAAACAUAACUUAUUGUCAAAUUGGCUAACAUACAGUGUAUACAGUGGCAAGUUAAUUAGCUUUCAAAAAUUAUUCUUCAUGGACUUCAAGCUGUAUUUACUAAGCUGUAAUCAUCAAGACAGUAUGGUACUAACAUAAAACAAACACUCAGAUCAAUGGAACAGAAUAGAGAACCCAGAAAUAGACCCACAAACGUAUGGCCAACUCAUCUUUGACAAAGCAGGAAAGAAUAUCCAAUGGAAUAAAGACAGUCUCUUCAGCAGGUAGUGCUGGGAAAACUGGACAGCGACAUGCAGAAAAAUGAACUGGGACCAAUUUCUUGCACCAUACACAAAAAUAAACUCAAAAUGGAUGGAAUACCUAAAUGUAAAACAGGGAGCCAUUAAAAUGCUUGAAGAGAAAGCAGGCAAAACCUCUUUGACUUUGGCCGCAGCAGCUUCUUAAAUUUUUUUUUCAUCAUUUAUUUUUGAGAGACAGAGCAUGAGCAGGGGAGGGGCAGAGAGAAAGGGACACACAGAAUCCGAAGCAGGCUCCAGGCUCCCAGCCGCCAGCACAGAGCCCGACGUGGGGCUUGAACUCAUGAACUGCAAGAUCAUGAACUGAGCCAAAGUCGGAUACUUAACCAACUGAGCCACCCAGGUGCCCCAUUUCUUUUUAAUUUUUUUUUUUAACGUUUAUUUAUUGACAGAGCAUGAGCAGGGGAGGGGCAGAGAGAGAGGGAGACAUAGAAUCUGAAGCAGGUUCCAGGCUCUGAACUGUCAGCACAGAGCCCGAUGUGGCGCUCGAACUCACAAACCAAUAGAUCAUGACCUGAGCCGAAAUUGGACGCUUAACCAACUGAGCCACCCAGGCACCCCUGCAGCAACUUCUUAGCAUGUCUCUGGAGGCAAGGGGAACAAAAGCAAAAUGAACUAUUGGGACUUCAUCAAAAUAAAAAGCUAUACAGCAAAGGAAACAAUCAGCAAAACUAAAAGGCAACCGACAGAAUGGGAGAAGAUAUUUGCAAAUGACACAUCAGAUAAAGGGUUAGUAUCCAAAAUCUAUAAAGAACUUACCAACUCAACACCCAAAAAACAAAUAAUCCAGUGAAGAAAUGGGCAAAAGACAUGAAUGGACACUUCUCCAAGGAAGAUACACACAUGGCCAAAUGACAUGAAAAAAUGCUCCACGUCACUAAUCAUCAGGGAAAUACAAAUCAGAACCACAAUGAGAUACCACUUCACACCCGUCGCAAUGGCUAACAUUAACAACUCAGGCAGCAACAGAUGUUGGCAAAGAUGUGGAGAAAGAGGAUCUCUUUUGCACGGCUGGUGGGAAUGCAAACUGGUGCAGCCACUCUGGAAAAAAGGAUGGAGAUUCCUCAAAAAAUUAAAAAUAGAACUACCCUACGACCCAGCAAUUACACUACUAGGCAUUUAUCCAAGGGAUACAGGUAUGCUGUUUCAAAGGGCACAUUCACCCCAUUGUUUAUAGCAGUACUAUCAACAAUAGCCAAAGUAUAGAAAGAGCCCAAAUGUCCAUUGAUGGAUAAAUGGAUAAAGAAGAUGUGGUAUUACUCGGCAAUCAAAAAGAAUGAAAUCUUGCCAUUUGCAACUAUGUGGAUGGAACUAGAGGGUAUUAUGCUAAGUGAAAUUAGAAAAAGACAAAUAUGACUUCCCUCAUAUGAGGACUUCAAGAUACAAAACAGAUGAACAUAAGGGAAGGGAAGCAAAAAUAAUAUGAAAACAGGGAGGGAGACAAAACAUAAAAGACUCUUAAAUAUAGAGAACAAACAUAGGGUUACUGGAGGGGUGGAGGGAAGGGAGAUGGGCCAAAUGGGUAAGGGGCAUUAAGGGAAUCUACUCCUGAAAUCAUUGUUGCACUAUAUGCUAACUAACUUGGAUGUAAAUUAAAAAGAAUAAAUUUAAAAUUAAAUACAUACAUACAUACAUACAUACAUAAAUAUUAUAACCCAAAGUGCAAAAAAAAAAAUUCUUCAAAGCCGCUUUUAAAUUAUUACAAAUUAUUUUGGAAUUUAAGGCUUAGUGAAGCCUUUACAUAUAGCAAUAAGUAUUAAAUAAAUAUGUCAAUAUUCUACUUAAAUUUCUUCUGAUAUGACACUGUGAGUUUUUACAAGCAUUAUUCACUUUUAUUUGUUCUACUUUUUGUUCCCCACUCCCACCUCUCAUUCUAAGCCCCAGAUCACUGGCUUUCUUUUUUAUUUCUUUUUUCUUCAUGGCACAGGUAUUUAUUGUUUCUGCUAUGUUAGGCACUAUGCAAGGCACAGCGUGUAUAGGGUUGAAGAAAGCAGACCGGAUCUGCUUCCCUAUGGAUCUUACUUACAUUCAGUAGCAGAAACUGGGAAAUUAGAAUAGUCUGGUUCCACUUUACAACAAAGAAUUAAGAGUGAGGAGAACAUGCAGAAGUUGAACAUCUGUACUGAUCGUUAGGACCAUGUUUCUUUCAUAUGGGCAUGUUUUACAUUUAUAACUUUAGUGUCAUUUUUCUAUUUUACUCUUAUUAUUUCCUAAAUAUAAACAAGUAGUAAUGUGAGGACAGUUUCAUCAGGUAAAUUUCUGAAGUUCUGACACCAUAAUCUUAUUUUCUGCUGUGGCAAAGGAUAGUAGAUGUGUGCUGAGGAUUAAGAGGAACUAUCUCUUAUUUGCUCUGUCAGCAAUGCCAAGGUUACUACUCCACAACUAACUGAAGCACUGUGUUAUGUAACUCACUAUAAUGUUCCAUUAUUUAUAUCUUCUAGUUACUGAAAAGUUGAUGGUUAAUUUUUAUUCUAAACAGAAGGAGAAAAUCUGGAUCCCUUUUUAUUUUAUCAAACAUACAUUUUAAAAAGUAAAGAUUUAUCUUGAAAUAAAUACACUAACAUCUCAGAUGCCAUUUAUUUUGUCCUUAAGAUUUUUUGUCAUUUUUACCUUUCAAAAUAUAUAUACUUUUUGGAAGAUUUAUUUAUUUAUUUUUUUAGUUUUAGAGAGAGAAGACAGAGACAGAGCAUGAGUGGGGGAGGGGCAGAAAGAGCGAGGGAGACACAGAAUCUGAAGCAGGCUCCAGGCUCUGAGCUGUCCACAUAGGGCCCAACCAGGGGCUCGAACUCACAAACUGUAAAAACAUGACCUGAGCUUAAGUCAGACAUUUAACCAAAUAAGCUACCCAGGCGCCCCUGGAAGACUUAAUUUUUAUAUUACUGAAUAGCCAGACUAUCAAUGUGCUAUGUAUAGUAAAUUUUUACCACGUCCCAGUAGUUCUUGAAGAGCUUGUGUCAGAUUCAUUUACCGUCAUGAAUUACAAGUUUGUAGCAUCAGCACUGUCAAGUAUUAAGCAGAUCAUACUGUGAAGUUGGAUCUGUGCUUUGAAGAUGUCACCUGUGAACAAGAAUAUUCCAGAA